AUGGUGUUGGCUGGUAGCAGAAGAGCCGGGAUCGCGAAGGCUCUCGCCAUCACUUGCUUGGUGGCAGGACAAGGCAUCAGCCGAGCGGAACCGCCGCCUGUUGACGGGCACGACGUAGAAAUCAAUGUUGCCAAAGCCGGUGCGCUUCUGAAACUGAAAUGCGACAGCGAAUUGAUCUUUCAACCCGCAAACGAGGCAGAGGUCUCCGAUGACAACGACGGACAGUGCACGAGGUCGCCGCCCCUGGAUACCCUGGUUCCCAAGGCUGAAUUGAAAAAGCCCGAAGGUGACAAGUCUGCAUUCACGCUGAGUGUUCCUCGUCUUCCUUCGGGGUCUGAGGCCAAGACGCUGUGCUACAACUGCAUUCCGAUGGUUUCCAAGGAGGGUUUGCGAUCAGAGGGUGGCUGUAAUAUCCGAAUCAAGGUGCAGUCCCAUGAUCAGGCUGAGUCCGUUUCCUCGGAUUUGAGAGGCCAGCGAGCUCGGAUUCUGUCGAUCACUGCCGGUGCGGUUGACGCCGCACUAGCUAUUUCGUCAGUUUGA